AUGGCCCUACAAUUUAUCCGCGCAAAGUCUUCGAUACUCCCACCCCUCUUUUACCCAACGUACGACGCCAUCUUCUCCACCAUUCCAUUCUGGCAACGCUGGCGCACACUCCUCCUUCAACCCAUCAACCUCUUCGUUGCACUUAUCACAGCGCCGACAUGGUUAUUCAACAACAGGUAUAGCGUGAUUUAUGUGCCCACGAGGAGUGGGAGGAAGAGGUGUUUAGUGUAUCAACCGUCUCGAGCCAGGACCCUUACCUCGAUAGUAGAAGGGGACAGGCACUUGAAACCAUUUCAUGUAGAUAUACACGGUGGUGGGUAUAUAGGCGGGAGCCCGGAGCAUGGCACGAGAUGGUGUGCAUAUCUGUCCGAUCAAACCGGCGCUGUCGUCAUCUCACUCACGUACCGAAUUACGCCGCGCUACUUGUAUUCGGCCGCACACGACGACAUCGACGAUUUAGUCGGGUAUCUCAUCACCCACGCAAAGGACUUCGGGGUGGAUCCAGCGCUCUUCACUAUCGGCGGUUCGUCCGUCGGCGGGUCCCUGGCGCUCAGUGCAUGCCAGUACCUCCAUCAGAAACAAUUACCCGUCCCAAAGGCGUGGGUGGGUUUCUACCCCCUAGUCGACGCGAGAUUGAAGGCAGAGGAGAAACCCGUGCCAUUAAAAUUUCCCACUAUUGAUCUGUUGAGCUUCUUGAUGCCCAUGUACGACGUCUACGGCGGGACGAAUCGUACCCAGCAUCUGCGGGACCCGAGAUUGCAUUCUACGUUGGCGAAGAGGGAAGUUUUGCCUGAUAAUAUGCUGUUUGUCGUUGCAGGUAUUGAUAUCCUGCUUCACGAACAGCUCGUUAUGGCUGAACGGCUCAAGAAGGAAAUGGGAAAUGACGGCGAUGGGCAUAGACAGGCCCACGUUUUGCUGAUUGAGAAUGGGUUCCACGGGUUCUUGGAGUUACCAAGAUUCGUUUUGGAAAAGGAGCGGAUGGAGGUCUUUGAGCAGUCGGUCGAGUUUAUUAGUAAGGUGCAUAAAAGAGGCGGGUUUGAUGUGGCUAAAGCCGGUUGA